AUGAAGGUACAUAUGCACACAAAAUUUUGCCUCAUUUGUUUGUUGACAUUUAUUUUCCAUCACUGCAACCAUUGCCAUGAAGAACAUGACCAUGGUUCUGAAGAACAUCACAGACAUCGUCGUGGAAUGACAGAUUCGGAGUCAAGCAAAUUUUCAGUGCUGGAUGCUGAAAAUGAAAAAAAAUAUUAUAUCGAAAAACUUUUUGACCGUUAUGGUGAAAAUGGAAGAUUAUCCUUUUUUGGUCUGGAGAAACUUUUAACAAACUUGGGCCUUGGAGAGAUAAAAGUAGUUGAGAUUAAUCAUGAGGAUCUUGGCCACGAUCAUGUUUCUCACUUAGAUAUUUUGGCAGUUCAAGAGGGAAAGCAUUUUCACUCCCAUAACCAUCAGCAUUCCCACAGUCAUUUAAAUUCAGAAAAUCAAACUGUGACUAGUGUAUCAACAAAAAGAAACCGUAAGUGUGAUCCAGAGAAAGAGACAAUUGAAGUAUCUGUCAAAUCUGAUGAUAAACAUAUGCAUGACCAUAGUCAUCGCUUAUGUCAUCACCAUUGUUUGCAUCAUCACCUUGAUCAUAACACCACUCGCCAUUUUCCUAAUGAUUCCAUUGCUCACAGUGAGCGUGGGGAGCCUAGCCAUGAACCUUCAACAGAGACCAAUAAAACACAGGAACAGUCUGAAAGUAAGCUGCCGAAAGGAAAGAGGAAGAGAAAAGGGAAGAAAAGUAAUGAAAAUUCUGAGGUCAUUACACCAGGUUUUCCCCCCAGCCGUGAUCAGGGUGAACAGUAUGAGCAUAAUCGGGUCCACAAACCUGAUCGUGUACAUAACCCAGGUCAUUCUCAUGUACGCCUUCCAGAACAUAAUGGUCAUGAUCCUGGUCAUGGACACCAAGAUCUUAAUCCUGAUAAUGAAGGUGAACUUCGACAUACUAGGAAGAGAGAAGCACCACAUGUAAAAAAAAGUGCAAUUUAUUCAGCUGCUACUCACAAAGAUCAUAAUGAAGAUGACCGUCAACAUGAGUGUUUGAACGUCACUCAGUUGUUAAAAUACUAUGGUCAUGGUGCCAAUUCUCCAAUCUCACCUGAUUUAUUUACAUACCUUUGCCCUGCUUUAUUAUAUCAAAUCGACAGCAGACUUUGUAUCGAACAUUUUGACAAACUUUUAGUUGAAGAUUUAAAUAAGGAUAAAAAUCAGGUUCCUGAAGAUAAGGCAAAUAUAGGGGCAUCAGCAUGGAUCUGUGGUAUCAUUUCUAUCACUGUCAUUAGCCUGCUUUCCUUGCUAGGCGUGAUCUUGGUUCCCAUCAUUAACCAAGGAUGCUUCAAAUUUCUUCUCACAUUCCUUGUUGCACUAGCUGUAGGAACAAUGAGUGGAGAUGCCCUUCUUCAUCUACUGCCCCAUUCUCAGGGUGGACAUGAUCAUAGUCAUCAACAUGCUCAUGGGCACGGACAUUCUCACGGACAUGAAUCUAAGAAGUUUUUGGAAGAAUAUGAUGCUGUAUUGAAAGGACUUGUUGCUCUAGGAGGCAUUUACGUGUUAUUUAUCAUUGAACACUGCAUUAGAAUGUUUAAGCACUACAAACAGCAAAGAGGAAAACAGAAAUGGUUUAUGAAGCAGAGCACAGAAGAAUCAACUAUUGGAAGGAAGCUUUCAGAUCAUAAGUUAAAUAAUACACCAGAUGCUGACUGGCUCCAGCUCAAGCCUCUUGCCGGAACUGAUGACUCGGUCGUUUCUGAAGAUCGACUUAAUGAAACUGAACUGACAGAUUUAGAAGGUCAACAGGAAUCCCCUCCUAAAAAUUAUCUUUGUGUGGAAGAGGAGAAAAUCAUGGACCAUUCUCACAGUGAUGGAUUACAUACCGUUCAUGAGCAUGAUCUCCAUGCUGCAGCCCACAACCACCACGACGAGAGUAAAACUGUGCUGAGGAAACAUAACCAUCAGUGGCACCACAAACAUUCUCAUCACUCUCAUGGGCCCUGUCAUUCUGGAUCUGAUCUGAAAGAAACAGGCAUCGCUAAUAUAGCUUGGAUGGUAAUCAUGGGGGAUGGCAUCCACAACUUCAGUGAUGGCUUGGCAAUUGGAGCAGCUUUCAGUGCUGGAUUGACGGGAGGAAUCAGUACUUCUAUAGCUGUCUUCUGUCAUGAGCUGCCACAUGAGUUAGGCGAUUUUGCAGUUCUUCUUAAAGCGGGCAUGACUGUGAAGCAGGCAAUCGUGUACAACCUCCUCUCUGCCAUGAUGGCUUACAUAGGCAUGCUCAUAGGCACAGCUGUCGGUCAGUAUGCCAACAACAUCACACUUUGGAUCUUUGCGGUCACCGCGGGCAUGUUCCUUUAUGUAGCCUUGGUGGAUAUGCUUCCAGAGAUGUUACAUGGUGAUGGUGACAAUGAAGAACAUGGCUUUUGUCCAGUGGGGCAAUUCAUUCUUCAGAAUUUAGGAUUGCUGUUUGGAUUUGCCAUUAUGCUGGUGAUUGCCCUCUAUGAAGACAAAAUUGUGUUUGACCUCCAGUUUUAACCAUUCCCAGUAAUCAUUGUGGAUUACGAGAAUGUUACCAUGCAGCUUUGCAUCUGUUCCUAGUACUGUAUGCACAUUGCUCAAAGAAAAGUCAGUGGCUUGCACUACUUACAAGUUCCAUAGAUUUGAGCCUAACCACAAAAGACUGGUGCUCAGUACUGCUUUUCCCUGUGUGAAGGGGUCUUAGAAAAAUAUAAAGCUUGUGAUAAAGAAAGGAGAAAAUGGGACUCCAUGAACCAAUGUUGAUAUAGGUUUGAUUAAGACUUUUAAAAAAAUAAUCAUAUAAAACACUAAAGUAGUCUCUUCGGUAGUAGAAACUUCUGUGGCUAUGCAGAAAUAGAAAUUGAACCAAAAAAUCACUUAAACUUCAAAAAUAUUUUAAAUGGACUUCGGGCAGACUUUUCUUUGUGCUAAAAAUGAAUUGUAGUGUCCUUUAAUUCAGUUACAUAUAUACAUAAGGUAAUGGGGAUCAACCUGAUACAAUUUGAAACUGCAUAAAGUAGGCUGUAGGAACUAGAGGAGAGCUCAGGCUGCGUUAGAGUAUGACUUUAGCAUUGGGAAAAGCCCUUAUUCUUGAAUCUAGAGUUACUAUUUUUGUAUAUAUUGGCAUAGUGUUUAAACUUGCAGCCUAAACUACUGAACUUUGUGAUUGUAUGUUUGUGUGAGCUUCAGUUUAAUGAAAGAUUCAUAAUGGUUCUUUGUAUUAAUAUUAUACUUGGUGUUUGGGUGUUUUUUUUCUUUCAAAUUUCAACUUUGUUUUUGUUUUGGGAUUUUUGGUGGGGGUAGGGAGUUGGAGCAUGUGGUAAAAUGUUUUUUUCGUUAAAAGUGUAACCCUCUAGGAAACACCAGAAAAAAGAAGAACCCAAACAUGGUCGAAAUAUUCAGCUUUCCUGUUUUAACAGUACUAACCAGUUAUUUGGGAAAUUUAAGUUCUAAAUGUAUGCAUUGCUUUACCAGUUUGGUUUUGGAACCUAGAGCACAUGCUGUGACUGGCAGGAAGGUAAGGCAGAAAACCCAAGUUUACCGUCUCCAUAAUCUCAACAUGUCAAUUAAAAUGGCUAUAAGGGUAAUCUCCACGGAUACCAUGGCUAUCAUGGUACCAAAUGACUUGGAAGAUACACUUAAAUAAUGCAGCUGAAAUCACUUGAUCUUUCUGUGCCAAGUACGCUAUUGUGGCCUGAUAGGGACUAGUGUCUCUGAGAGGUGCCCUGUUAUAGCAUAAUUGAGUGAUUUGUGAGAAGUGCAAGCCAUGUUUAUCCCGAAUUUUGACCUAAUAAUUUGUAGUACUAGUCAUAUUGCAUGUAGCUUUCUGUUUACGUCUUGUGCCACAUGGUCUUCAUUUAUGCCCAGUAAACUGUAUUUGAACUAUGUGCAGGCAGCUUCGUUUUAAUCCGCUUGGCUACCAAUGCAGCUGCUUUAAAAAUCUUACUGUUCAAAUAUUUAAGAGCCAAACUCCUUCCAUUCCAUUUAAAGUGUUUGCAUUUAGCCCUCCUUCUCUCCUCAGCUCCUUUCCUCUUCAUGAACUUCAAAAAAGUGAAACUUUGAGAGCAGCACAUGUAUCCAGGUAGUAAGAGUCUUGCCAGUGUUUCUUCUUUAUGCUGUAAGUGAGGAAGCUUAGGUGUUCUUUCCUUAAUUUAUGCCUGAAUUUGAAAAAUUAUUUUUGGCUUUUUCCAUGGCCUCCUGUAAUAAGUAGGAGUUUCUUUACAUAGAAUAUUUUCAGCAUUGGGCACUGAAUUAGCACAGUCCUCAUCUCAUUGCUUGGCCCUUCAAGCAACCUAGCUAUAAGGUGCUGAUAUUUUAUUUAGUACUGCCAACUUCAAGUGAUUAAAAAUAUCUUGCUUUCUGAACCAAGAUAUAUUUCUAGUUCCUUUUUGCAUUUUUAUACCCAAGGAGGAUUCUGCAUUCCAGCAUUAAAUCUGCUUAAUUUUAAAACUUUUAUGAAAAGCAACAGUUGGAAUAUAUUUCCAGUCUUAAAGGUCUGGUUUAAAGCAAACAAGUUCUGCUGAAGUGUAUAAAGUUUUAUAUUCUCUAAAAAAAAUGGUAUUAUCUUCAUUUGCUAGAUUUUUUUAAUCUAUUAAGAGGGCUGUAACAGUUGCUGCUAGUAUUUUGUUAGGGUUCCACCGGUAUUUAGUUUCCAUAUCAUUCUAGUGUAUAGUUUCAAGUCUUACUAGACAAUCUGAAUUCCACUACAUUUCUGUUUGGCUCCAACAUUCCAUUUAGCUUGACCAGUCUAAUUUAACGUGUGUCUGUUGGAAGUCAUUCAUGUUACUUGUACAAUGCUGUCACUGUGUGACAUCCAUAUGAAUUUUGGUGUAUAUCACAUUGCAUUCAAUCAGCUGUGAUUAUGCGUAGAAAUACUAUAGUAACUAGAUGCAGUGUGAAUUUUUUCCAUUAACAGUAAGUAAGUCAGUGGCUUAAAUAUGAUUAUGGUCCUGCAAGGUGAUACUUGCUAAAAUAUCUAAACUUUUUUUUGUUGUAACUGAAUCAUUUUUUAAAAAUUUAUAAAGCUGGAAAUGAUCAAAUGCUGUUUUUUUCAUUGUCAACAGUGGUGUGUCAUUUUAUGUAUGUUCCUAAUGCUUAUGGAACUCUCCCAAAAUAAAGUUAUUCCAAAAGAGCAAA